UCGAACCGGAUUUAACUACUAACUAACUGUGCAAAAUUUUCUAUGCGGUGCAAAAUUUUCUAUGUGUAGCACCAUACCCAAGGGCAGAAAUGGCACACUUGCAAACAUCUUUCCUAACGCACUCCCAGAAAGUUUGUCGGUUAUACAAAGCCGCGGCUAGAACUCUUGAAUCAUACUUCAUUCACAGGCAUUAUGUCCGGUAUCAGAUAACAUUGCUCAGGCAUCGAUUCGAGGAAAAGAAAGAUGUGGAGGAUUUGAGAGAAGCAAAGAAAUUGUUGAAACUGGGAGAGGAAGAGUUGUUCAUGAAGCAGCAUCCUCAGCCAAGGAAAUUUGCAUUAUCAGAUGGAGGUAGUGCCUACAUGCGAACCGUCGUCACACCCGACUAUGUACUGGAUUGGUGGCAUCCUGAUGAGAAAGCAGUCUAUCCUGACUAUUUUGCGAAGCGAGAGCAGCGUAAAAAGGAAUAUGUUGAGUAUUACGAGAAGAAGUAUGGAAAAGCUCCCGAAGUUGAACACAAUUGAGGUGCAGCUGUGUUUAUAGUGGCUCCAGUGAUCUGUUAUGUAUAGUGCUUGCUACCAUUGUGUUAAUUUCACUAGUGUUGAAAAGUACACCAGUUUUAUAAAAGAAUAAAACUAGAUUACUUUUGUGAUUUGAAGAUGGUAAUGAGCGCGUGCUGCUGCUCUUAGGUUUUAAAUGGAAAUACCUAUAUUUGGAUUGAUACUUUUAGUGCAGAAGGGAAUGGUUUGAAAACUAGAACUGAAAUGAGCAUUCAUCUUCUCCAUGUAAGAAUAAUAGUAUCCCCUUCAGCUGUGUUCAACUGCUUUCCAUGGAUCUAAACUUAUUGGACUACUAAAGAGUUUUUUAUGCACUAUAUUAGACAGCUUAGUGCUGUCAUGACUAUGAGCUGCUUAUGGUAGUUAUGUAUAAAGUUGUUGUUACAAUACAUUAUACAUACUGUUUUCUUAAUUUACCAUAUAAUAGUAUGUGCGUAAACUCGAAGUAUAACAAUUUUGUAAUAUAGGUAUGUAGAAAUGAUAAAAAUCGCAUCGAUAUCUCACCUAUACCCCAUCAAGCCAUACAUCUUCGACUUGUUUUACUCGGUGUCACCAGUUACUGAAAAGUGCAGGCAUGGGGGUGAACAGUAGAUUGACAUUAGUGGUUUGGGUUUUGACUGCUAUUGAUGUGGUCAUGAAUCAGAUAGACAACUUCUCUCUGACUCAUUGCAAAAUGUUUGAACAAUGUAAUUAUAAAAUAGUCCAUAUCUUGUUGGUA